UUAAAACUACUUUUAUAAUAUUUUAUAAUUUAAAUUAUAAGUUGUGUAUGUAUUCAGUAUUCUUAAGGUCAGCUAGUGAAGCCUCGUCUCUAUCCUAUAAGCUUAAUGUCUAUUUUAUUUAACUUGUUUUAGUGGUGUCUUGAGCUUGCUGAGCUCCUUCUACACACUUUUUGAGCUGCUCUAUCUUCCACAUCAUCUCCACAUCUUAAAGUUCAAAUCCUUGCUUGACCCUUUAUUAGCUACACUCUAAUCUUGAUUCUUCACUAUUUUAAAGGCCCUGUCUUUGAUUAUUUUGAGUUGCAAACUGGAAAGUAUCUCGUAAACAGUGUGCUUUGUGCUAAUCUGUUAGAUCCCUUUCACAACUUGCAUAUACAAAUAUCAGUAGUAUCACACUCAUGGGUUUCAAUUUGCUAUUCAUAUUGUGUAUAUCUUUUUGAAAUCUGGCUUUAUUCCAUUUUACUACUUGUGGGGUGUGGGGAAAAAAAAAGAAAAGAAUCUUUUAUUAAUAGCAAAAGGGUUUUUAGUUUCUUCCCCUUUCUUGCAUCUUUUAGGCUGUAGCUUCAUAAGCCCAGUUUAAUUAUUACUAGAAUCAUACCAUUUUAUGUGACUUAUUUUCUGUUUUGAUCUUAUAUUUCUUUUUAGGCUGCAAAGAUUUGUGCUUUUAGCUUAAUCUGUUGUAGUUUUAGGUCUAAUCUAGCUCUUCAAUUAUUACCUUUUUAAGCCUUAGUUUCAGUGUGUUACAAAUUUUGAGGUCAGCUAAGCACAGCUAGUUAUGGGAAAUCUUGUGUUGGUAGUUUGUGUAUUGGUGGUUUCACUACUUUCACUUGGAAAUUUUGUGGAUGGAAUUGGUGCGAAUUGGGGCACACAAGCAUCUCACCAGCUACCACCUGAUAAGGUGGUUAGGAUGCUGAGGGAUAAUGGAAUUCAGAAAGUUAAGCUUUUUGAUGCUGAUUACGGGGCUCUGAGAGCUCUACGUAAUACUGGCAUCGAGGUUAUGGUUGGAAUUCCCAACGAGAUGUUAGCGACUCUGGCUUCAAGCCCAAAGGCAGCUGAGAAAUGGGUGUCUAAAAAUGUGUCUGCUCAUAUGGGUAGUGGUGGUGCUAGCAUCAGGUAUAUUGCAGUUGGAAAUGAACCUUUCCUGGAAACAUACAACGGGAGCUUCCUCCAGACAACCUUCCCUGCCCUGCGAAACAUCCAAAAUGCCCUGACAAAAGCUGGGCUUAACAGACAAGUGAGAGUCACAUGCCCCCUGAAUGCCGAUGUCUAUGAGAGCUCAACCAGUAACCCGUCAGGUGGUAAUUUCAGAGCUGCAAUCCAAAAUUACAUGUUGCAGAUUGUCAAGUUUUUGAAUGAUAAUGGUGCUCCAUUUACUGUCAACAUCUAUCCUUUUAUAAGCCUUUACACAGAUGCUAACUUCCCGAUCGAAUAUGCUUUCUUUGAUGGCAAUUCGUCACCUAUAAAUGAUAAUGGGGCAAGUUACAACAAUAUGUUUGAUGCAAAUUAUGAUACUCUUGUAUGGGCAUUACGAAAAAAUGGCUUUCCGGAUAUGCAGAUUAUAGUGGGAGAAGUCGGUUGGCCAACCGACGGGGACCGAAAUGCUAAUUCUCUGCUAGCUCAACGAUUCAACCAAGGGUUUAUGUCUCAUAUAGCAGGUGGAAAAGGAACCCCAAUGAGAAAUGGUCCAAUUGAUGUCUAUCUGUUCAGUUUGAUUGAUGAGGAUGAGAAGAGCGUUCAACCAGGGAACUUUGAACGUCAUUGGGGAAUAUUUACCUAUGAUGGGCUACCAAAGUAUGCCUUGAACCUUGGCACAACAAAUUCAGGAGUCUUGGUACCGGCAAGAAAUGUGCAGUAUUUGGAGCGUAAAUGGUGUGUGAUGAAGCCACAAGCAUCACUUGAUGAUCCCCAGGUGGCACAGAGUGUGAGCUAUGCUUGUGGCCUAGCUGACUGCACAUCCCUCGGCUACGGGACAUCAUGUGGAAAUUUGGACGAACACGGCAACGUUUCCUAUGCAUUCAACAGUUACUACCAGAAGAAUAAUCAGCUUGACACUGCUUGCAAAUUCCCCGGGCUGUCAAUGAUCACAAAAACGGAUCCAUCAGUUGGAACUUGCAGGUUUGGGUUGAUGAUCCAGCCAUACUAUGCAGGUGCUGGGAGGACAUUUGGCUGUAUCCAAAAGAGAUGGAGUUUUCUGUCUGCUGCUAUUGUGCUUCUCUCGACAGUUCUUUAAGUUAUCUUUGCAUUUGUAACUGUCUGUAAACUCUUAGGAAUUGUAGGUGAAACUAUUUGGUGAAUAGACUGCAAUAUUCAAUUUUUGCA